ACCUACUUUCGUUUGUCCUCAUUCCUCAAGAGUCUUUUUUUUCUUUGCUAAGAAACCAAACCAUAGAUGCUUGAUUCUCUUGGAAUCUUUGAAUUCUCUUUGUCAUAAGACUUUAUGAAGAUCUCAUUAAUUACCAUUUUAACCCUAAAAUCUGGUCACGGGUCUAGGUCAUUUUAGUCACUUUAAUCUCUAAUCUCACAAACGUCCCGGCAAAUUCUUCCUUUCUUUCUGCUCGACGGUCUCUCGAGGACGCGACUCACAGUCACAUCAACAGCAUGCAUUCAUAAAAAUAAAAAACAAAUGGAUUAAUCGAGGAAUCAACCUAAAUUCUAUAGUUUAUACCUUGAAAAACGAUAGCAUGAAAUCAGCAAACACAUGUAAUAUACCAAACAUACCAUAAAAGGUCCGGUCAAAAAUAGAAAAACACAAAAAAAUAAUUAUAAAAAAAUCAAAUAUAAGACUCAAAGAGAAGUUAGAGACCGAAUAUGCCAGAGGAUUUUAAUCUUUUUUUCUACAUCAACACAACAACAACAAUAAUCUAACCUUUUUAUUUUCUUCAUCUCUUUAUUACAUGCCACAUUCACAACACUUCGUCACGCCAAAGCUAAGCAUAUCCUCUUUCAUAUUCUUUUACACAACCACUAUUUAUAUAUCUCUAUAUUACUCUCUUUCUUCUUCCUCCAUUAUCAAAUGUAAUAAAUUUCAUUUUAACUAAAAGAAAGAAAAUAAGAUAAGAAUUUGAGGUUUUAUAUUUUGAUGAAGUUCGGGAAGAGGAUUAAAGAACAGAUACAAGAGUCGUUGCCGGAGUGGCGAGACAAGUUUCUCCGUUACAAGGAACUCAAGAAUCUGAUCUCUUCUCCGGCGCUGGCGGAAUCUAUUUUCGUUGGUUUGUUGAACGCAGAGAUCGACAAAUUUAAUGCUUUCUUCGUGGAACAAGAAGAAGAUUUCAUCAUCCACCACAAGGAAUUGCAAUCUCGAAUUCAGAGAUUGGUUGAGAAAUGUGGACACAAUGAUGAAAUGUUUAGAGAGGAGAUUAGUGAGAUCAGAAAAGAUAUUGUCAAUUUCCACGGUGAAAUGGUUCUUUUAGUAAACUACAGUAACAUCAAUUACACUGGAUUAGCAAAGAUUUUAAAGAAGUACGACAAGAGAACAAGAGGAGGUUUAAGAUCACCGUUUAUUCAGAAAGUUCUUCAUCAACCGUUUUUCAAGACUGAUCUUGUUUCAAGACUAGUGAGAGAGUGGGAGACGACAAUGGACGCGGUGUUUCCCGUGACGGUGGUGGAGGCGGAGGCGGAGAGAUGUGCGGCGGUUACUUCUGCAGCGGCGGGAGUAGGGAUAUUUAGGAAUACCGUUGCGGCAUUGUUGACAAUGAAAGAGAUGAGAAGAGGAAGUUCGACUUAUAGUGCAUUCUCACUACCACCGCUAAAUAUCUCCGAUUCCGAUCUGUCUUCUCCUAUACAUAUUCCUUGAUGUUGUGGUCGCUCACCUGUCUUGAAAUCCAUAAGUCUAGUCAGCUUAAUUACACGGAAAAUGGCAUUACCGUAAUACUUGUACAUA